GCCGCCCGCCCGCCAAGAUGGAGCAAACCUGUGAUGAUAUAGAUGAAAUGUUCAGCAAUUUACUUGGGGAGAUGGACAUGCUGACUCAGAGUUUAGGAGUGGAGACUGUACCACCUCCAUGCCCCAAAGUGUCCAACAAUGAAUUUAGCUUUACAGUUGGUUUUAAAGAUUUAAAUGAAUCCCUAAAUUCCCUAGAGGACCAAGACCUGGAUGCUUUAAUGGCUGACCUUGUAGCAGACCUUAAUGAUGUUGAACAGAAAACUUUACAAGCCCAGAAAACUUCUUCUUGCAACCAGCAAAGUGCAGUCACUCUGCCUUCAACAGGCUUGAAUGAUGACAUUUAUUCUAAAGUUAGUCCCUAUGUUACUAUUACUGGACAGCCUGUGGAUGAUUUGCCCCCUCCACCACCAGACCCUGAACCAGAACUUCCACCACCACCACCACCACCUCCUCCUGAGCCACUUACUCAGGAAGAACUAGAGGCAAAGGCUAAAGCUGACAAGAUUAAACUUGCAUUGGAGAAAUUGAAGGAAGCCAAAGUUAAAAAGCUUGUUAUCAAGGUGCACAUGAACGAUAACAGCACCAAGUCCCUGAUGGUGGAUGAGCGCCAGGUGGCACGGGAUGUUCUGGACAAUCUCUUUGAGAAAACCCACUGUGACUGCAAUGUGGACUGGUGUCUGUAUGAGACGUACCCUGAGCUGCAGAUCGAAAGGUUUUUUGAAGACCAUGAAAAUGUUGUUGAAGUGUUAUCAGACUGGACUCGAGACACUGAGAAUAAGAUUCUGUUUUUGGAAAAAAGCCAAAAAUAUGCUUUAUUUAAAAAUCCCCAGAAUUUCUACCUGGCCAACAAAGGGAAGAAAGAAAACAAAGAAAUGAACGAUAAAAACAAAGAGGCUUUGCUGGAGGAAAGCUUCUGUGGGACAUCUGUCAUUGUGCCAGAGCUUGAAGGGGCCCUUUAUUUAAAAGAAGAUGGAAAAAAGUCCUGGAAGAGGCGUUAUUUUCUUCUACGAGCUUCUGGAAUUUAUUAUGUACCCAGAGGAAAAACCAAGACAUCACGGGAUCUGGCAUGCUUCCUUCAGUUUGAGAACGUGAACGUGUAUUAUGGGUAUCAACACAAAGUGAAGUAUAAGGCACCUACAGAUUACUGCUUUGUCUUAAAGCACCCCCAGAUUCAAAAGGAGUCACAAUAUAUCAAGUACUUGUGCUGUGAUGAUAAAGCAACCCUGCAUCAGUGGGUAACAGGAAUCAGAAUUGCCAAGUAUGGCAAGACACUCUAUGACAAUUACAAAUGUGCAGUGAAGAAAGCUGCCUUGUCCUCUCGGUGGGCAAAUCAAAAAGUGGUGGAGCCAGCUGCCCCUGCAGGAUCCUCAUCAGCAGGUACUGACACUGCCACAGCAGGUACUGUUCAGUCAAAUGGACAGAUUCCCCAAAGUGACCAUUGUUCCAGUGCAGAAAUUCCAGACACUCAGAAGAAAGUGGAUACAGCUGAGGCACAAGCUGAAACAAAUAAUGGCAGUGCACCUGGCCAGGCACAACCGUUGCUGAGGCCACAGAAAGUCCAGAGUAAGAGGACCUCACUGCAGCCUCCUCCUCCACCUGAAAGGCGUUCAUCUGCUAUUUCUGCUUCGCCAGUUCUACCCUCCAAAGUGAUACGAGACAGUGGCAUUUUCCUAACAGAUCCAGAGAGCUUUCCAGCACCACCACCUACACUGAAGAUUGAUUUUCCUCCUCCACCACCAUCAUCUGAUUUCUGUGAACCACCUCCUGAUUUUGUGCCUCCACCACCACCAGUGUCCAGCAGCAGUAAUGGAGAUGUGCCAUUACCCCCUCCACCUCCACCUGUCGCCAGUAAGCCACCACCACUUCCAGUGAAGAAACCUGUACCACUUCCUCCCAAAAGUCUGGAAAACACAGGACAAGGUGGAGAGCCACAGUCAGCAGGGCCACCUGUGAUUACAGGGGGAGGCAAGCAAGCAGAUUUCAUGUCUGACCUAAUGAAAGCUCUUGAGAAGAAAAGGGGUAACAGCUCCUGAACUCUGGGAGUGAGUAGACUUUAAGACAUAGCUGGUUUUGUGAGGCACAACAGAAGAUCAUGCCUGGAUCAGGAUUCUCCAGGCGGAAUUCUCCUGCAGAGUUUCUUUUGAACUCAAGACGAUGGGGUACCCUUUGUCCCCCGCUUUGUCCCUGUAACCUUUGUCCUUUCCCCCUGCACCUCACCAUCUCCUGCUCUUAACUCCCAUUCCAGCACCAGGCCAAGGUAAGAAUUAGCUGGAGAGUCUUGCUUCCCUCCACAAGAACAGCCAGGGAUGGUGGAACAGCACUCUGGAGGCAGCCAUUUCAGAAACUGAAAUUCAUCUACUCUGGCUGCCUUUUUAGUAGAAUUGGAGUUAAAGGAAAAAUACAAUGUCCUCAUGCAAAUUUUGAGAAGUGGGAAGGAAGACCUCUUUUCACAGAAAUGCCCUUAAAAGUUCUUUUUCAGAAGAGUUCCAGUUGUGGGGGCUUUCUUCCAAUACAAAGAUGCUUUUAAUUUUUUUUAAUAGUCUGUCUUAAAAAUGAAAACCUCAGCUAGAUUAUUGUGAGAUGCAAGUUAGUGCCAGUACCAUUUCCAGACAGUGUCACCCUAAAUGUUGUACACUCCUGUUUCUAUAUGCAACUGAGUCAUACCUGUCAGCAUUCACAGCUGCUGCUUUGAAAUCUCAUUUAUUUGGUUACAUUUGACAAAGAAAAAAGUUUUAUUUUGAAAUCAUGUAUGCUUCUAUGGUAAGCAGGAAUUUUUUUUCUCUUGGUUAACAUCUGUCUUCAAACUAUACCUAGAAAUGACGUGUCUUGUGAAAGACUUAGUAAUUAUCUUGUACCUGAUAGGAAUGUCUCUUCCCACAGGUUUUUCCUUUGUUCUCCCCAUUUAAUUCUCCACUGUUGAUUUAGGAAGCAUUCAUUGUUAGCUCUUAAAUAAAAAUAGCUUCUAUUUUAUAUCUGUACAAAGUGUCACAGUUAAUGAACAACCAUUUUACUGGCAAUUGGAACUUCAAAUAUUUUAAAGAAUUUUUGCCUAUACCUUCUAAACUUUGUUUUUCUUUAUUCUGGUGUUUGCCUCUUCUCAUGCACACCUGACCUUCUAGGAUACCAUCAGCAGUAUG